AUGGGCCAGGAUCCUACUGCUGGUGGGCAUGAAGGUUGGCUUGAAAGACCGGAAGUUAAGAGCUCGACCAAAGCGGCUAGAGUAUCAGGAUCCAGAAGUACAACCACGUCUUCCCAGAACUCGCGAGCGAGCUUUGACUUUGCAAGAACCGGCCCAACAGACCUCGAGCCUCUUGCUAAGUCUGCCGCUGGAGACCACGGGAGUACCGCACGGGCAAGAGGAAUGAGCGUCGAGAGUGGCGAUGGUGGCAUUGUAUUUGUACCUGGGACCAAAUCGAGGAAGAUCGUCACAGAAAUAUUUGGUGGGAUCAAUGUAGAACGGGAAGGAUAUUCUGAAGCAAUAGAUAUCCUCUAUAGCACCACAACCUUCAACUUCGCCUCUCGCCAUCUCCUAUACAGCUUCCCGUCACUAGUUCUCCCGCAACGCUUCGCACUUAUUAGUUCUAUUGAAAUGACAUGGGAGUUUGUCAAUCUAGGCGCCGAGGUCAUCCUCGAUGCACACAAGCAACUUUAUAACGACAUGUGGGCUAUGCUUGCUGGUAUGCCUAAUCUUCGGCGUAUCAAGGUCGCUGUCGGUGCCCAUGAGUGCCCCGACCAGGUACCAGCCGACUUGCAGGAAGUGUGGCUAGGGCCUCUGAAGCAGGUAGGGAGAAAGGAUAUUUUUGAGCUGCUAGUCCCGGUGUCGUAUGGGAAGCAUUUCCGUGUUGACGACGGAUCGAACUUUACGCUUUUAACGGUCCCGGAUAUUAUUACGGCCGUGAGUUGUUUUGGAAGCGCCAGCAUUACAUGA